GAGCUGCUGGUGCAGCUGUAAAGUAUCCAGGUUCAGUUUGUGCUGUCAGAGGAUCGACUGUCAUCCUUCCCUGCACCUUCACACCAGUGAAGUCUUUCACUCAGGAUGGUAGAGAAGUUCCACUGAAGAUCAUCAGAGUCCGCUGGUGUGUGAACCAUCUUAUUUGUCAUGAAACCACCCCGUCUGUGUAUGACAGCUCGUCACCUACAGCCAACCCUCGUUAUAAAUACCUGGGAGACAUGACUGGAAACUGCACUUUACAGAUCAGUGAUAUUCAGAUGAUUGACAGCAAAACCUUCCGCUUCAGGAUGGAAGCUGACGCCAGAGCAGGACAUUACACUGAGCAGUCAGGAGUGAACAUCACAGUCACUGAACCUGUUCAAAUGAGGAUUCAGAGCUCCAGAGCUGCUGGAGAGCUGAGUCAGAACCAACACGUCACUCUGAGCUGCAGCACAUCAGUCUGCAGCUUCCACCAGCUGGAGGUCUCCUGGUUCAAAGAUGGAAACGCCCUCCCACAGUCUGGACCCGCCCUCCAGCUCGGCCCACUGACCGCAAAGGAUUCUGGGAACUACACCUGUGCUCUGAAAGCCAAUCAGAGAACAACGUCCCUGCCGUUCACUGUGCAUGUGGAGGAGGAGGAGGAGGAGGAGGAAGGAAGUAACAUGCCUCUCAUCGUGGGCGUGGUGUUUGGCUUCCUGCUGCUUCUGUUCACUCUCAUACUGUUCCUCAUCAGAAGGUCAGCAGCAGGUAAACAGCAGACAGCUGUGGGAGGUGAGACGGGUCUAAAGCCUGACGUCAUCUACAGCAGCACCCGGCCGUCUGCUGAGCAACAACAGGAAGUAGAACCAGAAGCAGAGGAAGUCAGUUACGCCUCGGUCCAGUUCAGACACCCCAACCCAGCCAG